AAUGCUUGUACAAAUACACCCGGUCUGAGUGUAAAUGUCAAAUUAACGUGAACACGCAAGUCUCUUAAGUGUUGUAUACACAAGGGUAACAGCUGGAGAGGAGCAAGGUUUCAGACGUCAUGGCACCUUCUCGACAGUGCAGCAUAGAGUUUGAGAAUGAAUCCAAAUACACCCUGCUUAAUGCAUGUUACUACAUGCACAGUGGAUUCUGUCAGCAGCCCUUGCCACUAGAUCUCACUUCGUCCGACUCUGGCAGGGCUCUGUUCGAGAAGACUCCAAACACAAUGUGGGGAUGUGUUGGAGUCGUGAUGUACGAUCUGAAGAACAACUCCACGAAUGAACAUGAUGGGAAAAUGGCUGUCAUGUUCUCUAAUCCUUACAACUUCAUGCAGUUUUCUAAUUGGUUUGCAGUGGGAGUGUUUGGCAUGAACAAACAUUGUGAUUACAGCCUUUAUAAAGAGAUGUAUUACAGUGCACAGAAAGGGUUUAUCAGAGGGAAAGCUAAAGAUUUUAAUCUCAAUUACAGCAUUGAAGCAGUUAUUAUCAGAGUCACCAUGUCGGACAGCUACAAACCAGUCAUAAAGGUGAAGGUGAGUGACUACUAGGAUUAGAAGCAGACUUGAGUCCUUACGACCUGUUUCUACUCAUGUGGUUUUUGUUUUGACUCUUUUUCCACACACCAUUUAUUCAUAUACUGCAUGUAAAGACAGCCAACGAGUCUCCAUCUUCUUCCCUCGUACAAAAGUAAAGCUAAAAUACUCCACAAAUGGUUAACUGAUCAAUUUCACUUGGAUGAAACAACACAUACUUUCUGCUCACAUCUAUUUUUCUUUUCUUUCUUUUUUUUGUCUAUUCUUCCUUUUAGGGGAAGAAACAGAGGGGGAAAAGAAAGUGAUGUAAAUAAAAACACUGAAAGUUGCACAGACAACAAUGGGAACUGUUUUCACUCGAUACUAAAAUCUGGCAGCAGAUGCUUGAAAUGUAGCGAAGAUGUGACGUGCUUGUUGUUGGUUCGUGAGUCAUGAAGUUCCGGAGUUCUGUAUUGGAUGUUAGAAAGUGAGCUGAAUGUGUUUUUGGUGGGAUCACAACUACAUCAAACAAAAAACCCCAAAGGUUUGGUAAAAAACAUCUGUAUUCUUUUUACUUUAAAAGUGGAAAUAAGCUGCUCUGAAAGCAAAUGUCUUGAAUAAUUAAUAUGAGGUAGUUGUCUGUUUCUCAUGUGUGUGUACGUUGGAUAUCUGCAAACGUGUGUGUGGUGAAAAUCUGUCUGCUCUGAGGUCUGUGAGAAAAUACUUUCUGAAUAAAAUUUUUUUUCGAUGUG